CCGUACAAAUUCAAAAAGCCUGUGUCUCCCCUUCGCCAGGCCUCCAUGAGUGGGCUGAGGAUCCAAAUGGCGCCGUCCAUCCAUCAUCAAGCGGCCGCCAUGUUGUCUAUCCUGGUGAGGUACCAGUGGCACGCCUUCACCAUCGUGACGUCACACAUCGCCGGCCACGCUGACUUCGUGCAGACGGUCCGGGAUCAGGUGCACCAGUACGAAGACCCUCAUGACAUCUCCAAGCCGAAGAUCAAGUUCACCAUCAUCGACACCGUGCUCGUGAACCGCGCGGAGGACGACCUCGGGGUCAUCGCCGACAGCGAAGCCCGAAUCAUGCUGCUCUACUCCACCCGCAUGGAAGCCGCGUCCAUCAUGCGGGCGGCCGAGAAGCUGGGUCUGACGGGCAAGAACUACGUGUGGAUCGUCACCCAGUCGGUCGUCGGCCCCGAUAUCCACGCGCCGUCGGCUUUUCCCGUCGGGAUGCUCGGCGUUCACUUCGACACAAACGACGACGCCCUUCAGGAGGCCAUCGUCACCACCAUCAGGAUCUUCGGCUUUGGCGUCCUCAACUUCCUCAGCGACACACGCAACGAGCACCUCAGCCUCAAGCCACAGCUCUCUUGCGAGGGCCACACGAACGCCAGGUGGAAGCUCGGCGCCACCUUCUACAGGUACUUGAAGAACGUGAGCGUCCCCUACGACAAGGUCUACGAGAACUACGACGCAAAGAGGGUCGAGCGGUUCGGCCUGGUCGAGUUCCUGCCCGACGGGACACGCAAGGAUGUCGAGCUCAAGAUCAUGAACUUACGAGACGCCGGGACAGCCGACAGCAGAAAGUGGGAGGAGAUUGGCACAUGGAACUCCUGGGACCCUCAGGGCGUGACGAUCAACGACAUCGUGUGGCCGGGAUACCAGCACGUUCCCCCGCAGGGCGUGCCUGAGAAGUAUCACCUCAAUAUCGUGUUUCUCGAGGAACCUCCAUACAUCAGCUUGGCUUCACCCGACCCCGUGACGGGCCAGUGCAACGCGAACCGUGGCAUCCUCUGCAGGGUUGCUACGAAGGCAAUGAUGGCCAACGUGACCAACCAGACUCUGGCUCAACAGAACAGUACCUACUACCAAUGCUGCUCGGGAUUCUGUAUAGACAUGCUGCAGAAAUUUUCGGAUGAGCUCGGCUUCUCGUACGAUCUCUUUCGGGUCGAAGAUGGCAAAUGGGGCACUCUUGAGAAAACUGAAACUGGCUACAAGUGGAACGGUCUGGUCGCCGCCCUCAUGAACCACAAGGCUGACAUGGCGCUGAGCAGCUUCAAGAUCAAUUCGGAGCGCGAGAGUGUCAUAGACUUUACGGUGCCAUUUCUCGAGUCCGGGAUAGCCAUUGUGGUGGCCAAGAGAACCGGUAUUAUCUCACCGACGGCGUUCCUGGAACCGUUCGACACCGCCUCGUGGAUGCUGGUCGCCUUCGUUGCCAUACAGGUGGCUGCUCUCACGGUGUUUCUCUUCGAGUGGCUCAGCCCUGGAGGGUACAACAUGAAGGUUGCUCCUCCCCGCGAUCACAAGUUCUCCCUCCUGCGGACGUACUGGCUUGUGUGGGCGGUGUUGUUCCAGGCGGCCGUGCAUGUCGACUGCCCCAAAGGAUUCACGGCUCGAUUCAUGGCCAAUAUGUGGGCCAUGUUCGCCGUCGUGUUCCUGGCCAUCUACACGGCCAACCUCGCCGCCUUCAUGAUCACGCGGGAGGAAUACCAUGACUUUUCGGGCAUCGAGGACCACAGGCUCCAGAACCCCUACGUGAAGAAACCCCCCUUUAAGUUCGGAUACGUGACGUACACCAACACGGAAACCAUUCUGAACAAGCACCAGCCCGAGAUGUUCCGGUACAUGAAGGAAUACAGCAAGUCGAGUAUCGCUUCUGGGAUCAAGGCUAUCAAGAAAGGGGACCAGGACGCCUUCCUCUACGAUGCCACGGUGUUGGACUACCUGGUGGGGCAAGAUGACGAGUGCCAGCUGCUGACGGUGGGCACUUGGUAUCACAUGACGGGCUACGGCAUUGCUUUCCCGAGAGGAUCCAAGCACACGGCGCAGUUCAACGAGAGACUCAUGUCAUACAAGGAUAACGGAGACAUGGAGAGGAUACAAAGGUUCUGGCUGACGGGCGCCUGUAAACCCAAGAAACAAAACAAACGAGCAUCAGAACCUUUAGCCCUGGAGCAGUUCUUGUCCGCUUAUCUCCUGCUGUUCUCUGGGGUCCUGCUGGCGCUGAUCCUGCUUCUGCUCGAACAUUUCUACUUCAAAUACGUGAGACAACACUUAGCCAAGACGGAUUCCGGAGGCUGCUGCGCGCUCAUCAGCCUGAGCAUGGGUAAAUCGCUGACGUUCCGCGGCGCUGUGUUCGAGGCCCAGGACAAGCUGAGGCGCCACCGCUGCCGAGACCCGCUCUGCGACACCCACAUCUGGAAGGUGAAGCACGAGCUCGACAUGGCCAGGGUCAGGAUCAAGCAGCUGGAGAAGGAGCUGGAGUCCCACGGCGUCAAGCCCAGCAGGAAGUUCGCCAGCAGACAAGGCAAUAUACUCACCAGCUGUUGGAAACCAAGAGCCAAUGACGAAGGCGAUGGAGAACCCGUGCCCCAGAUCCUGAACGUCUACGCUAGCCUGACGACCGUGCGAGCCGAGCGGGAGAUGCUGGGGGCGCGGGAGGUCUUCGGCGUGAGAGACAUGACCCGCAACCACAUCACCUCCAACGAACCGGCGCCAAGGCCCUCCUCCACGACCGCCCUCACCCCCCCGGCGCCGACCGAAGCAGGAGGGGCGAGGCAGAGGACGAGGCAAUUCUCUGGGAACAUUACAGGUCGCGUUACAGAGGUUUGACUAACAUCAGUGGAAAUAAGAGAAAUUGCUGAAAUGGAAACAGUAUUAUAAAGGUUUGAUACAUAUUAAACAAAAAACGUUGUAAAUAAAAAAAAAAAGAUUUUGUAAAGAAAGUUCAAAUGAAGAUGUAGGUUUUAGAAACAGCAUUUAUACCACCUCCUUAGCCAGUUCAUGUUUCGAACCUCAGUGACUCUCUAUAGCCCACUGACAAUAGAAAAUCAAAUGUGUAAAUUGAUCAUCAUGCAUUUAGUGCUUGAAGAUAAUGCUCACGUAGUUCGCGUGCCAAAACAACAUGUAGUUCGUGUGCCAAAAAAAUAUGAAGAAAAAAAGAUAAAAGCAUGGACCAUGGGUACGCAUAUUAUGGCGUUCGUGGUUAAAUCAUGUGCUAUCAUGUAAAUACUUUAUUAUUCUGCGACUUUCACGGGCUGAUGUGUGACAUUCUGAAACAAUACAAUAUCAGCAACUCUCAGUAAGACUUUAUUCUUUUGUAAAUAUGUUCCCCCAAAUAAUACGAGUGGUAGGCAUUGUUUUGUGUAAUCUGUUUAAAUCACUCGCGGAUCUGUAAUAUGUAUUGCAUGCGGGGUAUCUGUCUGGUUAUGUACACAAGAAAAUAAAUCUAUGUAAUAAGAAACUACAUGUGGACAUCAGUACGCUUCAGUGCGUUAUAUAGGAAAUUCUGAUA